CGAGCUUGUAAGUGUUGGGAACGAUGGCAUUCGAAUGAAAGGAAGCGGGGCUGUUCCCUCGUGAUGUCUGGUGGAGUACUGAGCACACUGAUGGCACUGCUAUGCUGGAUCUCGCAGAUCUCGGGGUCAGUGUCAUUGACGAGGCUCAGGCGGCCUCGCUGGGAGGCCAAAGGGCCAGUGGACGCCUUCAGCACACACACUUCUGCAUUCGCGUAAGCCCAGCCCACUUCAAACACGCACAAAGAAAAGAAUGGCUGUCUACUGUGUGCUCGUGUCUGUCUGUCAUGGGCUCCUUCCUUGGGCACUGCAGGCCGUCGUCAGUGAUUCCCAGACGCCAGCCGAGGCCACGGGCCGUGUCCACGGGCCAACAAGAGGGCGGCAGUGACGUGCAAACAAUGCUCAGCUGGCUGAGGGAAUGGGGGGCGGAGUGGCACCACGACGUGAGUGAGAGAAGGAGAGAGCGAGGCGAGAGGGAAGGAGGAAUCGGUCGGUCCCACACAUUGUGUGGCUGCUCCCUCCCAUCUGUCAGGUGUGCGUCAUGGACUUUGACGGCCUGAGGGGAGUGGGGGCGAGGCGACCGAUAGAGGGCAGACAAACGCUCAUCAAGGUGACAGACUGGAUGGAUGGCUGCGUGUGCACCCCCACAUGCAGCACGUGUGGCGCGGUGGUCUGGUCUCCCUCUCUCCCUUUUAUUUAUGUGCAGAUCCCGCUAUCUUGCUGCAUCCGCGUGACGGAGGGCAGGCCGUCACCAAUCCCCAAACGAAUAAUCCACCCAAACGUGACUGACCCAAACAAACCACACACCACACCUACCCACACAGCGCAGCGCAGCACAGCACAGCACAGGAGUCAUCUAUCCCCCUAUGUUCUUGUCGAUGACUCCUGUGGUGGCAGGUGUGGUCGUCACUGCCGUCGAUCUUUUUGCAGCUGGCUCUGGUGCUCCUCUACGAGCGGCGGAAGGGCAGCAGGGCACCCCAUGUGCCAUACACACACCUCCUGCCACAAUCCUACCAUAUGAGGGCCGAGAGGUGGCCGCCGGCAGUCACGGACGCACUAAACUACCCACACCUCGUCGCGGCCUCACACCAGACCAAGUGUGUGGUAGGAGGGGUAUGUAUGGGUGUGACGUGAUGUGUGGGCCAAUCAUUUCACCUGUGUGUGUGUGUGUUUGUGUGUGUCUGUGUGUGGUCAGUGAGCUGAUCGACUGGUUCCUCGGUGCGCAUGGUGUGAUGGGUGAGCUGUUCUCCAGCCGGGAGGAGCUCGAGUGGGCGGUCGACUCGGCCGUCACCAGAGCCGUGCAGAUCACGGUACGCAGAGGAUACACAACAUAACCGCACCAAAGGUGUGCACUGACUGUUUCUUCUUUUUUUUGUUGCAUGUGGUUCGUCCCACGCAUGCGCUGCACAGUGCGACGACGGUGAUUCGUUGUGCCUGCUACCACUGAUGGAUAUCCUCAACCACAGCACCACACACGGACGUACGACAGCGGCCCCGCCGGCACCCACACAGACAGACACCCACACACUCUCUCUUGGCUGCUUUGCUUUGCUUUAUGCACACUGUUUAUUAGAUGGUGUGGCGAUAGAGUACAGCCGACGGGAGGAGGCCUAUGUGGCGACGUCGCUGCCUGGCUCGCGCUGGGAGGCCGGCGAGCAGAUCUGGUGGAACUAUGGACAGAAGGGAAACGACGAACUGCUCUCACAGGUAUGCAAUGCAGCCAUCCAUCCAGAUCCAUCUAUCCAUGCAUGCAUGCCACCCGCUCUCUCCCUGGUUGUCUCUCUGACUCCCUUGUGUGUCAGUUUGGCUUUGUGGAGGCCGACAAUCGCCUCGACACCCACGUCAUCGACCUCUCCACUGUGACGCGCUUCGCCCCCACCACCCCCAGUGUCAGCGGCCAGCAGCCGGCCAGCGACAGUGAGUGGCGCACACUGAGGUGGCGAGGCGGUGAUUCAAAUGCCGCCACCAUCCCCGAUGCGCUGGUGCAGACCAUCAGGCGGCACAGGUACGAUGUGCUGAUGUGUUGGUAGACCGAGGCUUGACGGACAUUUGUGUGGGCUGUGCAUGUCUUGUCUUGUGUUGUGUCGCAACCGCCACGCACAGGUCGUUUGGCGGUGGCGGUGGCGAUGCGGGAGUGUGGGGCGCGAUAAGCGAGAUACUGCGUGAAGAGCUGGCAGGGGUCAGCCGCCGGCUUGAUGCGCUCAGCUCGAUAAGGCAGCGUUACGGCGACCAGAGGACGGCAGAUGCAGUGUGGGUGGCGUCACAAUACCUCAUCGAGAAGACUAAGCUGCUGCAAGCAGGUCGGUCGGUGUGUGGGGUCAUGCAGACCUCAUUGAUGGUGCGUGUGGGCAUGUGAAUGGGUGCAGGGCUGCGUCACGCAGAAGAGAUGGUGAGAGGGCGGCCGCUUCUACCUCUCCCAGACAGGCCACUCCGCGCUAGUGUGGCGGCUGUUGAUUCGCCGGACCAUUUCGACAAGACAAGGAGCAUCAUCCGUGUGUUUGGAUGAGAAGAGGUGGCACCAAUAAG